GUCAAGGCGCUGGACAACGGGCGGCCGCAGCUUAAAGCGUCCGUGCGCGUGCUGAUACAGGUGAUGGACGCUCCGACCGCGCUCUCGCCGCACGCUCCCGUCGUCGCGGCGACCAACGUCAGCGUCACCGUCAUGGAGAACGAUCGCGUCGGACAGCUCGUCGCCAUCGUAGAGGCGGCAGACGAAGAUUACGACCAGCUGUGGUACUCCAUCACCGGCGGGAACAAGAACGACGUGUUCAGCAUGAACGGAGCGAGUCUGCUGCUGGCGCGGCCGCUAGACUGGGAGACGCAGAGUCGCUACGCUCUCUCCAUCAGCGUCACCGACAACGUGCACACCGUGUCGACGUGGGUGUACGUCGAGGUCGUGGACGUGAACGAGGCGCCCCCUAGCUUCAGCGAGGACACGUACGUGUUCACGACGCACGAGGACGCGCAGGUCGGCGCGAGCGUCGGCACGGUGACGGCGUCCGACAGCGACGACAACCGCCAUCUUUUCUACACGGUUGCCGCGGCGAUGAACGACCUCAGCCUCAGCCUCUUCACGAUCGAUCCCAUCACAGGUGUGAUAACGACGUCCGGCGCGCUCGACCGCGAGGCUAUGUCGCAGCACAUCGUCACGGUGACGGCACGUGACGGGGGCGUGCCGUCACGCGUCACCCGCGCCCGCGUCAUUGUGGACGUCGACGACGACAACGACCACGCGCCGGAGUUCGUCUCGGACAUGUUUGACGGGCGUGUGCUGGAGACGGCGGCGGUGGGCACGGCCGUGGUGCAGGUGGUCGCCGUCGACAGGGACAAGGGCGCCAACGCUGAGCUAGAGUACGCCAUCGUCAAAGGUGAGGGGCGGAGAAAGCACAAGAGCUCCCUCUACUACGUGCUGCAGCACCUCAAGGUCGCGCUGCCCAAUGUCGUCAUCAAGAGGCAUCCAGCAGCGUGUCGACGAGCCGUCUACACUGCGGAAAUUGAAGAAGGCGUUCUACCAGUUACAGCUGUUGGUGGAAGUGACGGUGCUGCCCUGCAAGUCAUUGCCACUCCAGGCGUGCUAAGGGCACGGCGCGGUGGUCGAAACAACACGGUCGAGAUGGAGAAGACGCUAACGCUACUGUCCGGUUCGGACUGUACAGGAAGACUACAGUUGGGCUUUUAUGUGGAGGAAGUGUUAACUGGGGGCACGUACGUGACGGCGGUGGCCGCGCGCUGCCAGUCGUCCGUCGUCUACGAGAUCGUCGCCGGCGACAACGGCGACGAUGCCAACGGUGGCGCCCCCGCGUUCUCCGUCAACCCGAACUCGGGCGUCGUGACGACGCGGCGCGCGCUCGACUACGAGACGCGGCGCGUCUACAACCUGACGGUGCGCGCGACGAGCGUCGUCGGCGCGAGCGGCGCCACCUACGUCGUCCGAGACUCGUACGCGGGACGCGUCUCGGAGAACGCCUCCGUCGGAACCCUCGUCAUGUCCGUCGCCCCCGCCGCCGCCGCCGCCGCCGCCGCCGACGACGGAGGCGGAGCGGGAGGCCCCCUGGUGGUGCGUGCGACGGACGCUGACGCGAAUCUCAACGGGGUUCUGACGUACGAGAUCGUCGAGGCGGACGCGCGGCGGAGCUUCGCCGUCGACGCGGCGACGGGAGCCGUGAGGACGGCGGCCCCGCUCGACCGCGAGCGCGAGGCGGAGGCUGCGUUCACGGUGCGCGCGCGCGACGCGGGGUCGCCGCGGCGACGCACCGUCGUCGACGCGCGCGUUCACAUCGCCGUCGACGACGUCAACGACAACGCGCCGAUUUUCGCCGCGGCGCAGUACGAAGCGGAGGUGCUGCUGCCGACGUACCGCGGCGUCGUCGUGGCGACGGUCGCCGCGGGCGACGCGGACGGCGACACGGUCGAAUACGGGAUCGUCGGGGACGACGAUACCGCGUUCGCGAUGGACGCGGCGAGCGGCGCCCUCUCUGUGCGGGAUCCGGCGGCGCUGCUGGAGGAGCAGGAGUCAUCGCCCUGUUGUUCGUUGUUCAGGGAGGAACGCGACAGCUACGACGUCGUCGUGGAGUGCCACGCUGCCGGCUCGCCGCCGCAGCAGACGCGCGCCGUCGUGCGAGUCACCGUAACCGACGACAACGACAAUGCUCCGAUGUUCGUCAACCAGCCAUAUCACACGAUGGUGUCCGUCGACGUCGAGCCCGGGUCCGUCGUCGCAAAGGUGGAGGCUAUCGAUCGUGACCUCGGACGGAACGGCAGCGUGACCUACGACCUUGUUGCCAGGGGCAACGUUUCAGCCUUCCUGCUGAACGUGACGACGGGUGUGCUGACCGUUGCGCGACCCCUGACCGACGCCGCCGACGCCGUGCGACACAACCUCACCGUCGUCGCCGCCGACGACGGCGAGCCGAGGCAGACGACGAACGUGUCGGUGAUCGUGGAGGUGGUGGCGCGCGCCGUUCCCAUGUUCGAGAGCCUUCACUACGAGGUCACCAUCCCGGAAAACAUCGAGAUAUACACCCCCAUCAUCAGUCGUGGCAGGCGCAAUAUACACCCCAUCAUCAUGUCUGGGCAGCAGCACCCGAGCGAUAGCAAGCUGAUGUACUCCAUCUCGACGGCGGACAUCUACAACGAGUUUGCCGUCGACUUCAACAUCGGUGUCGUCACGGUGAUCGACGCGCUCGACUACGAGACGACGCCGCGCUACCAGCUCACGGUGCGCACCACCGACACGAUGACGGGAGCGUUCGCCGAGACGACGGUCGCCAUAGCCCUCGGCGACGUCAACGACAACGCGCCGGCGUUCCGCCGCACCAACUACGUGUUCGCGGCGUCCGAGGCGGCGCCCGUCGGCUCGUCGGUCGCCGCGGUGACGGCGAGCGACGCUGACGCGGGAGCGAAUCGGCUCGUGCACUAUCGUCUGCAGGCGCACCCGGACGAUCCCGUCGCCACGGACGUGUUCCGCGUCGACGCCUCGACGGGCACCAUCUACACGAAGCAGAACCUGGACUACGAGCGACAGACGCUGCACCGCCUCCUGGUGGUGGCCGUAGACUCGGGCAGCCCCCCGCUGAGCUGCGAGGCGACCGUGUGGGUGAAGGUGGUCGACGUCAACGACAACCCGCCCGCAUUCAGCCAGCUCGCUUACAACUGCACGAUGGACGAGGAAGCUGAGAGCGGACAGUUUGUUACCAUGGUGACGGCGUACGACCCGGACACGACGGACUGGGGGAAGCUGCUCUACUCCAUCACGGGGAGGAACGAGAAUCAGCUGUUUGCUAUCGAAGAGAAGACUGGGAACGGACCGGAGUCUACAUCGCCUUCACUGUCGUCAACAUUCCGUAGUGCGCGGACGCGAAACAGACACGGCCUCCCGUCUUCCAAACAAGCCAAGUAUGAGAUCAGCUUCAAGGAGAAUCAGCCGAUGGGCGCGGCCGUCGUCACGGUAACCGCAAAGGAUGAGGAUCGCGAUUCCUACGGCAACGUCAGCUACACGCUCGUCGGCGACCACCAGAGGGAGCUGUUCUCCAUCGACGCGGCAACGGGAGAGAUCACGGCCAACGUGGUGAUGGACAGAGAGGAGAGGACGGAUUACGAACUGCACGUGAUGGCAGAGGAUGGUGGCGGACGCACAGGGUUUACUACGGUGAGCGUGUACGUGACAGACGAGCAGGACUCCGCCCCAGUGUUCCUCGCGUCGCAGUACCGAGCCAGCGUGCACACCAACGUCACCGUGGGCACCGGCAUACUCAAGAACGAGGUGCACCAGUUCUUCGUGCGGGCGUCGGACGGCGGCAUGGACGCGGACGUGCCCGUCGAGGUGAUGGUGAUGGGUGAGGACGACGUCGCUCCCAGCAUCCUGCAUCCCACGAAGCCGUACUUCAUCAAGGAGGACGAGCCCGUCGGCACGGCGAUCGCGACGAUACCCGCCAGGGGGAGCUCGAGGCUCUCCUACAGCAUCGUGCCGGGGACGCUGCCGCACACGAACAGCCCGGCGACCUUCUCGGUGGACGAGCAAGGUCGGGUCAUGGUCAUUCGCGACCUGGACAGGGAGGAGACGGACCACUACACACUGACCAUCAUGACGGAGACUCUGUCCAGCCCGCCGCUGGUAGACCUCACCGAGGUUCACAUAAAGGUGAUGGACGUGAACGACAACCCGCCCGCGUUUGAGGAGAACCCUUACCGCGUGAGGCUGGCCGAGAGUUCUCCCGUCGGCACCCAGGUGGCGCGAGUCUACGCCAGCGACCCCGACCUUGGCCCCAACGGAGAGGUCAGCUAUCAUCUGGAGAACAAGGACAAGAAGGUCGCGAAGACGUUUGCCGUCGACGCUAAGACGGGCUGGGUGAGCCUGCGCGCGCGCGUGGACAAGGAGGCAAGCGCCACGCACACGCUCGUCGUGAGGGCCAGCGACGCCGGCAUCCCCACGCCGCUCUCGCAGACGACACGCGUCAUCGUGCAGAGCGGGGUCGCCGUGCGUCUCGCGCGCACCUCCCCCGCCGCGUUCCUCGAGCGCCACCGCGACGCGUUCGUGCGCGCUCUCAAGGCGGCGCUGAGCGUGCGCGCGCGCGACAUCGUCAUCAUCGGCAUCCAGCCGGCGCCACGCGACGACGACAACGACGACCUUCGACCACGUCGCGACCUUGACGAGCCCAACAACGACCUUCGAUCCCGUCGCGACCUUGAUGACGACGACGCCGACCUUGACGUGCUGUUCGCCGUGGCACUGGCACGCGGCGAGAACUCCUACCACAAGCGCGACCCGUGCGUGCGCGGCGUCUGCCGCGAGAAGCUCGUCAUGGACGACCGCGACGUCGUGAGCGUCGUCACGGCAACGCAGAGCUUCGUCUCGCCCGUGCAUCGCCGCCGCCACGACUGCUACUGCACCGAGGGAUUCGGAGGUGAGAGAUGCGACGUGGAGAUCAACAUCUGUUCGCGUCAGCCCUGUCCCAGCUUUAAGAUGUGCGUGCCGGACCUGUCACCCGCCGGCUACAUGUGCGUGUGCGCCGACGGCAAGACGGGACCGACUUGCAACGACGACGUCGAUCGCAAUUGCGUCGAUAUCGACUGCAUAGAUAAGCGAAAACCGCUCAACUUUAACGGCACCAGCUACGUGCGAUACACACUAGUCAACCUCAUCGAUCGCCAGCUCAGCCUCUCUCUCAGCAUCCGCACGGCAGCCGAGCGCGGCGUGCUCAUGUACGCGCGACCGGACAGCGUCGACUACAGCAUCCUCGAGGUGGUGAACGGCCUCGUUCAGUACCGCUUCGACUGCGGCAGCGGCGAGGGUCUAGUGCGCGUCAACCACGUCUACGUGAACGACGGACGCUGGCACGAGCUCUCCGUGAAGCGCAACCAGAAGGAAGCCGAGGUGAACGUCGACGGGAAGUUCUCGGCGUUCGGCGCGGUUCCCGGAACGAACGACGUUCUCAACCUGAACAGCCACGACGUGUACUUUGGCGCGGCGGUGAAGGAGGAACGCCGCGGCGGCGGCGGCGGAGGAGGAGGCGGGGGAGGGGCGAUGUCGAACGGGUUUAAAGGAUGCAUGGACAACAUACAUGUGGAUGGGAUGAACUUGCCGCGAGCGGGAGCCAACAGCGUGGCCGAGCUGAGGAGGUUGGUGAACAUCUCGUUCGAGUGCCAGCGCAACCUGGUGCCGGGUUACUGCGGGGCGCAGCGAUGCAUGAACGGCGGUAGCUGCCUGGAGAUGAGCCACGGACUGUUCAUGUGCGAGUGCGUGACGCCGCGCUAUAGAGGGCGCUACUGCGAGCGCGACACGGACCCGUGCGCGUCGUCGCCCUGCCUGCACGGCGGCAGCUGCCACAACGCAGGCGUGCUCGGUCCCAAGUGCGUCUGCCGCGGUUUCGAGGGCCUGCUCUGUGAGUCGGACAUCAACGAAUGCCACGACGCGCCCUGUCUCAACGGUGGCACGUGUACAAACACACACGGCUUCUUCAGGUGUGAGUGUCCGCAGCACACGAGCGGGGAGACAUGCGGGGAGAUCGUACACGUGCCCAACAUCACUGCUGCCCGCAGCAACAUCUGGACAGCCAUAGGUGUUGGCGGCCUCGUCCUCAUCACGAUCCUCCUCGCCGUCAUGUUCAUCGUCUGCCGCAAGUGUCGCCGUCGACGACGCGCCAAGCAUUGCCAUAGCAACGUGAUCACGACGUCCGUGCAUCGCGACGGGGCCAACGAGCUCAUCCUCAACAGCCACAGCGUCGAGUACAAGCGCAUCAACAAGCUGCAGAACAGCGACGCGGCGGCGGCGCAGCAGCAGCACGCGCUGCUGCUGCCCCCUAGUGUGCCGCCGCGUCCGACCUCGUACACGCCGAGCACGCACGACUCCGUGCGCACCCUCAACAACUUCGACAGCCUACGCAACUACGGCUCGGCGGCCGACGAGUUGGACGGGACGCACAAGUACCCGGGAGGAGGAGGAGGAGAGGAGGAGGAGGGGAAAUCCAAACAAGACAAGACAUAUCGCAUCGCCCUUCUGGUCUACCAUAGGGACAACGAUGGCAACGCACACAAUCCCAAGUGGGACUACCCCAACAUUCCCGUAGAGCCGAGGUACUGGGACGCGGGCAAGCCACACAACGCCGAGGUGAAGCAGCCGGAACCGCACGUCGACACGCCACCUGUUGGCAAGACAAGAGCGCAUCCGACCAGUGCAGCGUCGAAUCUGUCGUCUCUAAGCAGCUUGCCGGCUGUGUCAGAGGAGGACUUACCGGGCUACCACUGGGAUUGUUCCGACUGGGCGCCUAGCAACAACCUUCCAAACAUCCGCGAGAUCUCGAUGCAGGAGCUUCCGGACUCGCGCUCCGCGAGCGUGCACAGCAGCGAGUCGAACACGCACGCAGGGGGCGCCACCGACGAGAAGGACGCCACCGAGACGACGCCCUUCCUGAGCAAGGACAACGACGAGUUCGACUAUCCGGAGACGGGCGAGGUCGAAUCGGAAUACGUCGGCGACUCCGAAUUCGCCGACAACGAGUUUGACCUCGAUGACGACCUUGACCUGCCGCUCGACUUCUCGCACCGUCCGAACAUCAACGCGAUGAUCGACUCGCUCAACUUCGCCGACGACGACGACGACGACCCCCAGGGGGCGCCGCCGUCUCCUCAACCGCCGCCGGAGCACAACUACGAGAUGCACCCGAACGAGUACCUCCCGGCGUGGCCGUCGGAGCCGGCCGACCUCGCCGCGGCGCCCCCUGGCGACGACCCCGCGGGGGAGGCGGCGAGGAGAAACAAUCGUCUGAGCGAGUACACGAACGAGAGCGAGUGCGGCGAGGGGGCGGCGUCCGUGUCGGCCGUGUCGGCGCUGGACGACGUCUCGCUGUCGAUGGGCGGACUCACGUCGACGAACGCGUCCUGCUCGGACAUCUCGGGGCUGUGCGAGAUCGACGACGACGACGACGACUUUGAGGAUGAGGACGAGGACGAGGAUGCUGACGAGGCGGACGCCCAGCUGCGAGCGCUCGCCGAGAGAAUCAAGGGCGGUGGCGGCGGCGGAGGCAUCGUCGUGCAGCAGACGCAGGUGUGACCUCGCCGCUACCUUGCCGUGACCCUGCCGCGACCACGCUGCGACCCCGCGGUGACUUCGCCGCGACCCUGUUGUGACCCCGUCAUGACCUCACUGCGACCCUGUUGCGACCUCGCCGUGACCCCACGGUGACCUUGCGCUGCUGUUGCGGUGGUGACGGGUUGAUGGGAGACGGGGACCAGCGUGCGGGCGAGGCGUGCGCCGCCCGCUGCCGUCUGCCAUGUAAACGGGCGUGACGACAUAAACUGUGGCCUUGACGACGUGGCGGUGACGACAAGAGACAACAAAGCGGAGACAAGUGACAAUCGCGACUGUGACAAUGUCGCUGUGGGACACGCACACACACAGUGAGUGAAGUCACACAGACGUGACAAAUAUACCAGACAGAAACCGACGAUCGAAAUUCCAAUCGAUAGCGUUUCGGCAAAAGUCGUCUUGCCACGAGUGAUAAUCAAUUUGUAAAUGUGAAGAGCGAAUCGAUUCACUUUUCAUCCACUCGACGUAGUUUCUUGUUUUAGCGAAAUUUUCCGGUCCGUUCUGUUCUCUGCUGCAUGCCACGGACUUAGUUCUCACGUAUUUAGUGUUAUACCUAGUGUCUAGUGUGCAUGAUUGCGGGAUUUCAACAGCGACGCAUGUAGCAUACCGCAGUAAGUUACCAGGGGAGACACUACCAGUGGAAGGAUAUUGCUCAAGUGGAGCUACUGUGACUUGGAAGGGGCUGCUGGGGAGGGGCUAAGAUAGGAGGACCAAAGGACCAAAAGUACAGUGUAUUUAAAAUUUAUCCCCGUUGCGCGAGCGCGCGUGCGAUUUUUUUUAAAGGCUUGUGUUUUAAUUAACGUUGUGUUUUUUAACGCGUUCGACGGCUAGUGCGGUAUAUAGAUGGCGCUGCGUGCGCGGACAUACGGUUGUGAGCAUUUAAUGUGGCGCGUGUGUCUCUCCCUCUGUAGGGUCCCUAUAUAUAAACCCUAUUUAUAUAUAGGGACCCUAUCUCCCUGUAAUGUAGGUUCGCUAUAGUUGGCGACCCGUGCGAUUUUACUGACGGGAGGCAUUUUAAAUGCGUCUCCACAUUUUACCUCUUAUAGGAGAGUGAUAGUGAGAAUGACAGAAGGGCAGAGAGAGAGAGAGAGAGAUAUAGAGAGAGCGAGAGAGAGAGAGAGAGAAUGGGGUAUAGGGAGGGGGAGAGGGGGUGCGUGCGUGCGUGCGUGCAGGUGUGUAUAUGUUGUAUUAAAAAUCAUCCUCGAAGAGAAAUAAGUCGACGGUUGUGUGUGCACGUACGCGUACGUGUCCGUGCGUGCGUGCGUGUAUACGCCUGUGUGUGUGCGUGCGUGGGUACGUGUAUCACGGUGUAUGUGUCAGCUACGGAAGGUUCAGCGUUGCUUCCAACCGUAAAAUCAGAUUGUACAGAUCGUGUAAAUAAGCGGCGGACGGCGUCUGUGCCUCGCGUCGCCAUGGAAACCGAAAGCACGUGCAGCGUGGUUGUGUGUGUAUGUGUGAUUUACCUGCCAUCAGACCGCAUGUCUGAGCGUGACAAAUGUUCAGCUUGCGUAUUUUUUAUGAUGGAUCGGGGUGACUUCAUGCGUGAUGAGACGGCGACGUGGCAACGACGCUGCCGACUGCAGUGGCAUUUAUUUACUAAAAGAAAUUACCGUUCGCCGUACGUGUGAAAGAAAACGUGGCGACAAUUUGAGUCGAAUUCGUGUUGCGAAGCUACAAUUUCGUUGUUGUUGUUGUGUUUUUUUUCGGCGCCAAUUUUCGCGGAACAGAUCUUGCAACGGCGGCAUGCGUUGCCAUGGCGAGCGUUGCCAUGGUGCGCGUUACGAGACGCAUUUAGUUACGUUUGACGUUCGCCACGAUCAUUUCACGGCUGCAUGCAUGCUGAAAUCAGGUGUCGAGUACGUGUGGCCUGAACGUUACCUGCAGCUACGCGCAGCUACUAGUUAAUUGCUACCGACUGACUGUGUUCGCGUUUGUGUUUGUUCUCUGUGAGAUGUGUGAGGGAACCCGAAUGAUUCAGGGUAGCUAUAGCUAUAUAUAGUUCUCUUCAACGUGAUUAUUUAUUUUGUAAAUAAUGAAUUGCCGAUGUUGAUUGCGAGUGUAGAGAGGGGGGAGAGAAGAGAUAGGGAGGCUUUGAGCUUUAAUUCUCUCUCUUUCUCUCUUUCUCGUGUUUACUGUUUAUGAUGGAUUCUGAUGAGAGAUCGGUUAUGUAACAGACUACUUAAACGUAUAUAGCCUAUUCUCGCAGUUUCUCUUGUGACGUUUUUAUAGUCAAUAAAAUUUCUACUUGAUAUUAACGAUAA